UCCAAAAAAUGUGGAAUCCUUUGCCUCCAUGCUGAGACACUCUCCACUGACACAGAUGGGGCCUGCCAAGGACAAACUGGUCAUUGGACGGAUCUUUCAUAUUGUGGAGGAUGAUCUCUACAUAGAUUUUGGUGGCAAGUUUCACUGUGUGUGUAAAAGACCAGAGGUGGAUGGCGGGAAGUACCAGAGGGGCACCAGGGUUCAGCUGUGGCUCCUGGAUCUUGAGCUAACAUCUAGGUUCCUGGGUGCGACCACAGAUACAACUCUACUGGAGGCCGAUGCAGUUCUCUUAGGACUCCAAGAGAGCAGAGACUCAAAAUCGAGAGAGGAACAACUCAAUAAGUAAAUGAACUCUACUUGGCUCAGUCAAAACAGGCUCUGAUUUGAGCCCAGACAGCUGUAAAGAAUGCAAUUAGAAAACUGUGAAUAAAUGAUUGAAUAAAGUUGUAAUAAAUGAAAACUCAUCAUGCCU